AUGAAGUCGUGUCAGCCUUCAGAGAUGGAAAUUACUGGUGGAAUGAACUGGCAGCUGAAUACCUGCACCUGUAUGUCAACCAUCUGGAAUCCUAUCCCUCCUGUCCCCAACAUGCUUCCAACUCCAUUGGGAGCUCCUUCCCUAAUGGCACGUCAACCCAUGAUUUAUACCCAGCCGGGCUUAAGGACCAGCAAUCCUUUCACUCCACCCACAAGAGAUAAGGAAGAUGUAGAUUCCUUUAUGAAACAGCCUGGGAAUGAGACUGCAGAUACAGUACUAAAGAAGCUGGAUGAACAGUACCAGAAGUAUAAGUUUAUGGAACUCAACCUUGCUCAAAAGAAAAGGAGGCUAAAAAGUCAGAUUCCUGAAAUUAAGCAGACUUUAGAAAUUCUAAAAUACAUGCAGAAGAAAAAAGAAUCCACUAAUUCACUGGAGACCAGAUUCUUACUGGCAGAUAACUUGUAUUGCAAAGCUUCAGUUCCUCCUACUGAUAAAGUGUGUCUGUGGUUGGGGGCUAAUGUAAUGCUUGAAUAUGAUAUUGAUGAGGCUCAGGCUUUGUUGGAAAAGAAUUUAUCGACUGCCACAAAGAAUCUUGAUUCUCUUGAGGAAGACCUGGACUUUCUUCGAGAUCAAUUUACUACCACAGAAGUCAAUAUGGCCAGGGUUUAUAAUUGGGAUGUAAAAAGAAGAAACAAAGAUGAUUCGACCAAGAACAAAGCAUAAUCCUGGCAGUAAAAAAUGUGGUUCAGUUUUCCAAACAUGUUGUUUUAAGUACCCCAAAGUUUAUCCUUAAAGGUUGACAUAACUUUAAAUAAUUUUUAACAGCAAGAAUGGUAAUUAAAACUUUAAAAAAAGAUAAACACCACUUUAUUUAUUUAUAAAAACAAAAUUAGUUUCAAAUAUUUUAUGAAAUUAGCAGUAUUUUUAUUUUUUUCACAUUUCCAACAAAGUAAAUGCUGCUUUCAUAAUUUUUUUGUUUGUUUGUCAUAAGAAAAGUCUUACCUGAAAUGGCUGAAAACUGUGAGGUAUGUUAUGAAAGCUGAUGUCUGGACAGUUUCACAGAGUUUACUUUUUCUUUAUUAGCUGGUGUUCUCACUUGAUGUCAUUAAACCACUUUAGAGGUAGCAAAAACAGUUUGAAUAUUUGAGAACUUGUUUUUCUUUAGUACACGUGGGUCUUUACGGUCCUCUGUUGCUGUUAUUUGUCUUACGUAAAUGAAGUUUCAUGAAUUAUUGCUUAGCCAAUAACUAACAUUCUGUGCUUUUCAGGAAAUGGUAAUUUGCUUUCCUAAACAACAAGAGGGCUAUUGCGACAACACUUUUUUUCUAAGCUGAUGUAAGUGCACAGAGGCUCUGCAGUGCCAGCAUAAGGGAGAUCUUGGCCAAUGUGAAAUCACAAAAUUACCUACUCGAAUCGCUUGCAUAAGGCAAUUUUGUAUUCCUUAACAGUUCCCCAAAGCAGCUGAACAAGAAUAUUAAGAUAAAUAUAAAUCUGCAAUGGUUUAAAAGAGUUCUAAGCUUUUUUAUUCCUGAUAAAACUUCGUAAGAGUAGUAGAAAAGCCCUGUGGAAAGCCACUGGCACAGCGGCUACCACUGGGCAAUACGGAUUCGGGUGAGAACACAAAUGUAUUACUCCAUCUCCAUGUAGCAGAGUAUACUUGUACAAUGUUUUGUACUUGUAUUUCAUGAUAUUAAAACAGUGAAGUUAAAACUGG